AUGGCCACUUCCAUCCUUACGGCUUCUUCUGACCACAACACAAACCCCACAUUGUCUGGGGAUCAUAACAAUCUUCUUCACCAUUAUGAUCAUCAUUUUCAGACAGCAACUCCACCCACGACAAGGCGUGAUCAUCAUCAAACCUCAAGACAGAGCAGUGCUGGACCAGGCCGAAGAAAGUCAUCAUCAAGCAGGAAGAAACAGCCUCAAAGAGGCAUGGGGGUUGCUCAGCUUGAGCGCCUAAGGUUAGGAGAUAGGUGGAAAAUAAUAACUGAAAUCAAUCCCCAAGCCCAAAGUCCACAUUCAUCAGUGCCUUAUGGAGUUAUUCCCACUUCACCCGGUCAAGAUCCCACCUCCUUCAAUACUGUUCCAAUGCAUUUGGCUGAGCUUGGUGUCUAUCCUUUGAACUUGAACCAGGCGGCCAUGUUGGUUCAGAGGGUUGGAAACACUAGUGCUACCAUGGGAUUGUUUCAUGGACAAGGGCUGGUUUUUUCUGGUGAUAAGUUUCCAGGAAAUCCCCAUGGAGUUGGAGUUGAAAAUGGAAGUGAGACCAGCACCAAAGAGCUCUCUUCAACUCCAAGUUUGAUCAAGUGUUACCCUGAUCAUUGUACUGUUUGCCAUCUGAAAAAGCGCCACGUUCGUGGAGAAAAUUUGGUAACACUAAAGGGAUCAUUGAAAGACGUGAAUGCUGCAGAAAUGCCUUCCAUUACCAGCUCUGAUUUUGUUGGAUUGAACGUCGGCAACAGCCCAUAUAACAACAGGGGAACAAAACAAAAUUUUGGCAAAACAGCCACUUUUCACGCUGGUACUUAUUCUGCUGGUGGCACUAUAGAGCAGGGUACUCUAGAGGUUGUUGCAGUUCAAAGGAAGGCAAGUUCAUCAAGGGGUGGAAGUGGCCGUUUGUUCUACGAGUUCUUUCCAUCUGGGAUAGGAGUCAGCAAAAGCGAAUCUCAUGACUCUGAUCAAAAUGAAGAGUUGACGAGGACGAUGAUGAAGAAGGAGGCGGAUGGUUCGGAAUCUUGUUCUUCAGAUGGUGUUGCAGUUAUGGGUUGUGCUGGAGAUGCUUAUUGUGCCACGAAAACUACUACUACUGGUGGUGCAGUUGAUGGAUCCAAUUCCAUUGAUCUGUCCCUCAGGCUUUCUUAUUAGCAGAAAACAGUUGGGUGUCUGUUUUUUUUUUUUUUUAAUUUUGUUUUUUCACAAUUUGGUGAAAUGCAUGUUAUCAAGAACCGAAACGCAACUUUCUAGUUACCUUUUUCUUCUUUGCUUU